AUGAACCCCACCAAAUUUUAUAGCGAUGCUAUUGAAUAUUGGAAUGGAAUUGAACCUUCUGUGAAUGGAAUGCUAGGAGGGUUAGGAACUGGACGUAUUCCUCAAGUCGAUGCGAUCGCCUCCCGUACCUUUUUGCGUCGUUUGGAUUACCGCCUCAAAAAAAUCGAUGCUUUAGUAGCUGCAGAUUGCGGAGCUGGAAUAGGCAGAGUAACAGAAUUCGUAUUGCUAAAAGUUGCCUCACAUGUAGACAUUGUUGAACCGGUCGAAAAAUUUGUGUCACAGGCAAAAGUUCAUUUGCAGGAUAAGCCCUGCUCAUUCAUCUGCACCGGUCUGCAGAAUUGGACUCCAGAGAAAAAUCGUUAUGGAUUAAUAUGGAACCAAUGGUGCCUGUCCCAUCUUACCAAUGAUGAUUUGGUAGCUUACUUAAUUCGUUGUUCAGAAGCUUUAAGCGAAAACGGAGUUAUUUGUAUUAAGGAAAAUGUUUCCUCUUUUACUGAAAGUUUCGAUAAAGAAGAUAGCAGUGUCACUCGCACUGAUGACUCAUUUCGAAAGAUAUUUCAAAUGGCUAAUUUAGUGAUCAUUGCAGAGUCUUUACAACAUGGAUUUCCUGACGAGCUUUACCCCGUAAAAAUGUUUGCACUUGUUCCAAAGCCCUCAAAUUAA